AGCUAGCUAGCUAGCUAGUUUGGAAGAAAGAAAAAACCCCUGAAAAUCUUGUUCUGCCUCUACCCCCAAAAAGAAGAAGAGCAAUAUCUAAAUGAACUGUGUUUCAGGUUUUAAGAUUUUCUGUUUCUGAACAAAAGGUGUUCAACUCUUUGUUGCAAAAAGAGGGCAACGAAAGGAGCAGCAGGCCUGCUGCAGAGGAGACCGUUGAAUCAGGAACUCAGGACUCAGGAUGGAUUGAUCAACAUCAUCAUCAUCAGCAGCAGAGUUCAAAGGAAGGGAAAUUGUGCUAGUAGUAAGUAGUCAGCCAGGCAGGCUAGUGGAUGGAUGGAUUGAGAAGGUAAUUAAUAAGCACAAGCCAGAGGCAGAGAAGCCAGCCCAGAAUUCGUGGAGAGCAAACGCAAACGCAAACGCAAAAGGAAAGCUGCUCUGCUUUCUUCUUUUUCUUUUCUUCCUUCCUUGAGGUUUGAUUCUUCUUCCCCCCAUUCUCCUCUCUCUCUCUCCCUGCCUUCCUUGUCCCUGUCCGAGUUGAUCGCCGUCUUCCUCUCGCUUGCUGCCACCGCCAGGCAAAGCCGAAGCCAUGGCGCCGGACCACGGCUCCAAGCCCGACAUCUCCUUCGCCGGCCGAUUCACCGCCAGCGCCAUCGCCGCCUGCUUCGCCGAGAUCACCACCAUCCCGCUGGACACGGCCAAGGUCAGGCUGCAGCUGCAGAAGAAGGCCGUGGCGGGGGACGUCGCGGGGGGGCUCAAGUACCGCGGCCUGCUCGGCACCGCCGCCACCAUCGCCAGGGAGGAAGGGGCCGCCGCGCUCUGGAAGGGCAUCGUACCCGGCCUCCACCGCCAGUGCAUCUACGGCGGCCUCCGCAUCGGUCUCUACGAGCCCGUCAAGUCCUUCUACGUUGGGGAAAACCAUGUCGGGGAUGUGCCCUUGUCCAAGAAGAUCGCUGCUGGCUUCACCACUGGUGCCCUUGCAAUCGCUGUGGCCAACCCCACUGACCUCGUCAAGGUCAGGCUUCAGUCCGAGGGGAAGCUCGCGCCCGGCAUGCCGCGCCGCUACGCUGGGGCAAUGGAUGCUUACGCCAAGAUUGUUAGGCAGGAAGGGGUUGCCGCUUUGUGGACUGGCAUAGGUCCGAACGUCGCACGUAACGCCAUCAUCAACGCUGCCGAGUUGGCCAGCUAUGAUCAAGUGAAGCAGACCAUUCUGAAACUUCCUGGGUUCAAAGAUGAUGUGGUGACUCAUAUCUUGUCUGGUUUGGGCGCUGGCUUCUUUGCUGUUUGUGUUGGUUCUCCAGUCGAUGUGGUUAAGUCAAGAAUGAUGGGUGACUCAGCUUACAAGAGUACUGUCGAUUGCUUUGUGCAGACCUUAAAAAAUGAUGGACCUCUGGCAUUUUACAAAGGCUUCCUUCCAAACUUUGCUAGGCUGGGAUCAUGGAAUGUGAUUAUGUUCUUGACACUGGAGCAGGUCCAAAAGGCGUUUGUGAGGAAGCCUGGAAACUAGAAGAUGUCCGAUUUUUGUAGUGGGUGCCUGGGUGGUGGUGGUAUACAAGAAGAAAGACUUUGCACAUUUAUUUUUCGCAGAGGAAGUUUUCCCCUUGAGAGAAUCGGCAACAAAAGGGUUAAAAUUUGACAGCGCAACUGUAAUAAAAUCUGUAGUGGGUUAUUCAUAGCACCCAAAAUAGAAUUCUGGAUCUGAAAGUAGUUCUUAUUUUGUGGUGGAUGGACAAAACAUUAGCCUCAGCAGACAAUAUUCUGGUGUGAUGACGAUGAUGAGCCAGAAGGAAUGCAAUUAACUGUUUGAUGA